AUGAAAAAGUUAAUUCGCCGCCUCUCUCGCGUCGCCGACUCAUCUCCUUACUUUCUCCUCCGGUCGGAAUCUCGUUCCUCCCCCACCACCGCCCGCCAAAGCCAAUCCUUCCGUAUGGCCAAGCCUCGACGCUCCGGCACCGUACCUGAGGGUCACCUCCCGGUGUACGUCGGAGAAGAGAUGGAACGAUUCGUGGUGAGCGCCGAGCUUCUAAACCACCCGAUUUUCAUCGAUUUUCUCAAUAAAUCUGCUCAAGAAUACGGCUACGAACAAAAAGGCGUCCUUCAUAUCCCCAUCCACGUCUUCGUCUUCGAACGUGUCCUCGAAGCUUUACAAACUGGCAAAUCAGCGUCUGACAACCUCCAAGACCUUUUCUCCGGUGAUUUCCUGUAA